UAAUGAAGCUCCUUAUAUCAAUCAUUCUUAUAUCUACAGUUUUAGCAGUAAUUCCAACAAAAGUGACAAAUUGCAUAGCUAAUCCAUCAGUUAUAUUUACAGAAGCGACAUUGAGUGUUUAACCAUAAAAAGGAGUUGAUGAAACUAUUACUCUUUAUGGAACAGCAAAUACUCAUGUUGAAUUAGCUAACGUAUAAUUAAAAGCUAAAUGGAAUGGAGUAGACGUCUUCCAAGAGGAUUUCCCAGAAGAUGAAAUUUAUGAGAAGGAUGAUAAAGUUGUUUAUUCAUUGACAUAGAAUUUCCCAACUUAUACUCCAUCAGUAAGAUAUUUUAGUAAUAUAGGGUAAAAUCACCACUUAAUUUUAUUUCUAGAAUGCCAAAGGAACAAACUUUGGAUGUGCAGAAAUAUCAAUUGUUUUGUGA